GGGUCUGGGUCUGGGCCUGGGCUGUUCAGCACAAUAACUAGUAUGUUAGAAGUUAGGACUUUUAGAACCAUUGAGAGAAGAUGUUGAUGCAAAGCUCAGCGAUAUUUUCAACAAAGCCAGCGUGGGCUCCCACUCCCCGCGGGGUAAAAUCACUGUACGGCACAUCCUCGGACGAUUCCAAUUCCAUGGCUGCUACCGUCCCCGGCCCCAAGUGGGCUCAGAAGACCAUAACUCUUCCUCCUCACCACCGAGGCUGCCAUCUCGUUACCUCUCAGAUAUUGAACCAAAUUAGACCAGAUUUAUCAGAAUUCAAGUGUGGCCUUGCUCAUCUCUUCCUGCAACAUACAAGCGCUUCUCUUACUAUCAAUGAGAAUUAUGACUCGGAUGUUCGUGACGACACCGAGACAUUCCUCAACAAAAUAGUUCCAGAGGGAAGAUCUGCGCCUUGGAAGCAUACGCUUGAAGGCCCUGAUGACAUGCCAGCCCAUAUCAAAUCAUCAAUGUUUGGCUGCGCGCUCACGAUUCCUAUUACAGAUGGACAGCUUAACAUGGGAACUUGGCAGGGAAUUUGGCUUUGUGAACACCGCAAUGCUCCAACAGCUCGUAGAGUAGUGGUGACCCUCAAUGGGAUUGGCAUCUGAGGUCCUUAAUAUGGAGAUACUCCGUCUCCUUGAUCUGUGGAUUUUGGCUUUGUGAACACCGGGAUGCUCCAACAGUUGGUAAUGUGUUGUUGAUCCUCAAUGGCAUCUGAGGUCCUAAAUAUGGAGAUACUCUUUUUCCUUGAUCUGUGUAACAGUAUUCUACUUAAAGUUGGUUUCAUAAUGAGAUCUGUUUUAUUUGUUGAUGGGAUGUUAGUAUGGCUGUGUAUUCCAGUUUUUAUUCAGGAUUUGGUUCCUGUGGUUUACGAAUAUUAGUUGAAUUCUAUAAAUUGGAAGUGUUUUUUUGUCGAAUGACCAUUGACAGUAAGAUGCUAUACAUCGG